AUAAAUAUGAAACGAAAUAAUAAAGCGCACAUUAUUAAUUACCCUCAAGAAAAAUUAAGAAAACGGGAACAUGUUCGAUUUUUUGAAAGAUGUUUAAAAUUAGUUCCACAACAUUAUUCGUUAUUAGAUUCACAAAGAAUGACUAUAGCUUUUUUCUCCAUAUCAGGUCUUGAUGUAUUAAAUAGUUUAGAUAUUUUCAAUGAAAAUCAAGCGAAAAGUAUUAUAAAUUGGAUAUAUAGUUUACAAGUUUACGAUGAUGAAGGAGAAUUAGCUGGUUUUCAAGGUUCAACAGCAUUUAAUUACUUAAAAGAACGUAGUACGUACAAAUGUGGAGCUAUAGCGCACACUUACACUGCUUUAUCAACGCUUUUAAUAUUAGGGGACGAUUUAUCACGAGUCCAUAGACAGUCAAUUGUUAGAAGUUUACGUAAAUUACAACGACCUGAUGGAAAUUUCACGGCAUCGUUAGUUGGUAGUGAAAGUGAUAUGCGAUUUGUAUAUUGUGCGGCAUGCAUAUCUUACAUUCUAGAUGAUUGGUCUGGAAUGGAUAUUGAUAAAACUGUAGAAUUCAUUUUAAAUUCUAUUUCUUAUGAUUUUGCAAUUGGACAGUGCCCAGAAACAGAAUCACAUGGUGGAUCAACAUUUUGUGCUGUAGCAACAUUAGCACUUGCAAAUCGUUUAGAUAGUUUAUCACAAAACCAACGUGAUGGACUCAUUCGAUGGUUGUUAAUGAAACAAGGCCAAGGUUUUCAUGGUCGACCGAAUAAACCAGACGAUACAUGCUACUCAUUUUGGGUGGUGGCCGCCCUAAAAAUAUUGAAUGCAUUUGAAUUUAUUAAUAUCGAAAAAAAUCGUGAAUAUAUAAUGACUACACAAAAUUUAAUUACCGGUGGUUUUGCCAAACAAGUGGAUAACUCAUCGGAUGCUUUACACACAUAUUUUGGAUUAUGUGGUUUAAGUUUAAUGAAUGAGAAAGGUUUAAAGAAAAUUAUGCCUAGUUUAGCAAUUUCAUUACAAACCGCUGAACGUUUAAAAAGUAUUCAUGAGCAUUGGCGAGCACAAUAGAUUGUUUUUUUUCAUUAAUCUUAUUUUUAAUUAUUC